ACUUGCUUGACACAUACAAAUCACACAAGAGCGGAUGAGUAUAUGUUUUCGUAGAUAAAUUGCGGUUUGCUUUGUAAAUAAGAUCUCUGUAUUGCUUUAGUGGAUAGUGGUAAUCUGAGCAACAACUACAUCAUAACUCAACCAAUCCCCUAAUGAAAAUAAAUGAUUUGUAAUGUCAGGCAUCCUUAAGUAAUGUUUGAAAUGCUGCGUGCUUCUUUUUAAUUCAAGGGGAAAUCCACAUGACAUGCUCUGUGUAUGUGUGUAUGUGUUGUCGGGAAAACCUCUUCUUGUUAUUCAGGUUUCCUCACGCACCUGUGGGUGUGAAAGGGGGAGGAGUUUUAACUUAAACUCCCUUACAAUCUCACUCCUUCUCAUUUCUCAUUUCACUUCUGCUGUGUUUAUGCCUGCAUUUGAGUUGUUUUUAUUGCAGUUAGUUUUUUAGGCAUUUGUAAAAUCCACUGUGUUUAUAUGUUUGGCAAAGUGUCUGAUUUCAGGAUUUCAGCAUGACUGAGAGUGUCCUGAACACUCCAGACUUAAAGGAUCUAGAGGAAGAAGAACUGUGGGAUCUUAUUAAUGAUAACCGCCAUGCCAUCUCUAUCGGCGUCCGUCCCUGUGUUCUCAUCCCUUACCUGCGCCAGGCACGUGUCCUCACAAACCUGGAUGAGGAUGAAAUUUUUACCAAUCCCCGUAUCAUCAACCGCUGCAUGAGGACCGGUUAUAUGCUUGACAUGUUGCAUAUACAGGGUCGUAAUGGAGCAAUGGCUCUGCUCGAAAGUCUGAUGAUUCAUUACCCAACUCUCUACACACAGAUCACUGGCCGCCAGCCCAGCAUUGAGCCUUCAGGCUUCAGUGGCCUGAUAAAUUACACUGAGCUGACAGAGUACCUAGUUAAUGCGGUAAGCAGUAUGCAGACAGAGCUACAAGUGGCACGUCAAGAGGUUGUGCGGCUGCGAGCUCGAUGCUGUGAGCUGGAGGGGAAACUAGAACAGGUCCAACAAAAUAAUGAAGAGUUCAGACAGAUGCAGGAAGAGCACGGACAACUGCGCAGUCAUCUAGAUGUUUUAAACAGGAAACUGCUGAAACUGAAGGAUGAGAAAUGUGAUCUCUAUGUCAGAUAUACCACAGUUCUUGAGGAGAAGUCUGCAACCAUCAUACGCAACAGAGACCUGCAACUGGAGAUUUACCAGCUGCAGUGUGAGUUAAGGAAGGCACAGAAAGAGACAGACUUCCAAAGGCAGCGUUCCUUAAAGAAUCCCAGUGACACACAGAAGCUUAAAGAUGAACUCAACGCUGUACGCGCAAAAUUACUGGAGACUGAGAUAUUCUCCCCGGUACAGCAGGACAUCCUUGAGAAUGAUUUAAAGGAGACAGAAACCAGACGUUCAGAACUUGCCGAGGAUGUCAGUAGACUAAGCGAGGAGAAUGAACGACUCCAGCAAGAAAAAGAGGAGCUCAUAGAAGAGAAAGGCUAUUUAGCCUUGGAGGUGGAGAAGUUGACUGUGGACCGUGAGAUGUACCAGCACAGGAGUACACUGUUCCAGAGUCAGCUAGAAGAGGUGCAGUCAGAGAGAGACAAGGCAUAUUUGUCCCGUGAUGAGGCCCAGGCUCAGAUUGCACGGAGUCUCGCAGAGAAGGAUGUGCUGAGAGGACAACUAAUGGAGCUACAGGAAAAGGUUUUCACCAUGAAAGCCUGUAGCAGGCAAAGAGAAAGAAGAGAAAAAUCCAGGGACAGGAAGUUCAGUUGCGAGAGCAGUGAGGGCCCUCCUCCCAGCCCCCCACCCAGAAGACGGCUAUGUCGCUUGAAAGCAAUCCUUCCUGAGUCUUUCAGCUCAUAUGAGUUCAAUGAUGAAGUAAUCAACAGUAUCAGUUCCAAUCAAGUGGAGCCCCCCUGUUCUGAAUCUCUCCGUAGACGAGAGUUACACUUUCCCUCCAGAAGUGACAUGGAAGACAUUUACAGCAGUCAGGAGCUGACCGAUGACUCUUCUGAUUAUGUGGUCAUUCCUAAAGGAAAUCAUUUGAACAAGUCAAUAUCACCCACAUCACUUCACAAGAGGAGCCCUACUGGCAGCGUCUCAAGAGCAUCAGCUCCCCCCUUCCUAAUGCGCUCCAGACCUCAGGCCCUGCGUGUCACUGGUCGCGUACUCACUGUGAUUUUCCAGGGAGAAAUGUUAUUGAACCAACUACAGGUCAUCGGGGGUAAUAAGACCGGUGUGUUCGUGCAUCAUGUGACCGAAGGAUCAUCUGCUCAUAACAGUGGCAUUAGCCCUGGAACUCAGAUACUUCAGCUAAAAUAUGAGCAGGAGCAGAGAGCUGUACAAAUGGUUCUGGAAGACACCACUAUGGAGGAGGCCCUGUGGGCCCUGGGGCAGGUCCAGGGACCAUGCCACAUUACACUGAGACCCAGCCAAGAUGCCUACGAGAACCUUCUACAGCAGCUAAAAAAUGGUGAAGUCAUGUCGGGUGAUUCCUUCUACAUCCGUGUUAAUAUGACGUUGCCGGGGGAUGUAGCAGGAACUCUGCCGGUCAAGUGUAAUGAUAUUGUCCAUGUUACAAACACUCACCAUUCCAACGAUGGCUUCUGGUGGGCCAGUCAUGUGCACCCUUGUCACCUGGAAGACCUGCACAGUGGGGCUCUACCCAACUACUACAGAGCACAGAGGCUGUUAAUAAGUGCUAUAGAGGAUAUGACUUACCCUUGCAAAACACUCAGAAAGGAGAGAACUGCAGCUAAUGGGAAGCAGAGAGAGGUGAGGAUUGUCAGCACCUGUCAACAGAACAGAAACCCUCUGUGGGUCAGUGUGGAAGACGACAACACUACAGCACUGGACAGUUAUGGCUGUGUGCCCAGCAGAUGUGUGACUCUGAUGCCCUACACCCUAGUCACACCUCAGUUCCCUCCCAUCUGUCGCCCAGUCCUCCUCCUUCCCACAAUCUUUGGCCAUGUCUUGCACAAACGGUUGGCAGAACAGGAAGGUUAUCAGCUCUGUGAGCCAGAAUUGCUGAUGGCAAGUGAGCAUGCCGUACAAAUGCAGAAGGGGGAGAUUCUUGAAGAAUGUGACUCGAAAACACACCGUUGCUAUACACUGCAGGGAGUGGAGAAAAUCAUGAAACGGGGCACUCACUGUGUGUUACCGCUGGGUUUGGACUGUGUGCGUCGUCUCCAUCGUGCUGAAAUCUUCCCCAUUAUUGUCUACAUCAUGUCUACGGAGAGAGCUCUCCGCAGAUUGAGACACAAACUACGGCAGAGCUCUGUGACUGAGUCUCAGGUGCUGGAGUGUUCCUGCAAUGAGGAGCCCCUUCUGGAUAAACUGCCCUGCCUUUACCGAAGCAUUCCACCAGAGAGCUGGCAUGACAGUGCCACCCUAGUGGACACUGUGAAAACUGUGGUGAGAGAGGAGCAGAAUAAGAUUGUGUGGGUUGAGGCAGAUCCCUGGUGAGGGACUAAUGGGAGUGAGGGCGUAAAGUCAAAUUUCCCUUACCACAGGCAGCUAAUUAUUAGUAUUAAGGUAAAUUUAUAAUUCUGCAUCAAACCUAUGCUGUAGACCCUGUGUAGCCAUGGUGGUUACGAUGUAGCCUGAUGUGCAUCUUUCUAGAAAUUCUGUGAAUGGUCAGCCUUAUAAACAGAGAACUUCCCCCAGGAUGAUUUAAAAAAUCUGCAACAAUAUCAUUAAUAGCAUAAUUAAUAGAGAAUCCCACUAAACACUUACAGUUUUUUUUUUUUUUUACAAUUGCUAGGACACAUUUCUUAGUACAUAGGUUACUUUUUCAAAACUCUUCACACAGUUCUCCUUACCUUCAGCUUGGCACAGCAGUUAAUUUCACAUCCAAAAUUCACUAUAACCACCAAAACAGUUCAUGCAUGUCACAAAUCAAGUCAGUGUUCCAUCCAUAACACUAGCAAAGGUUGUCACCCAACAAACACGCUUUGUCACUCAAAAAAAAAAAAAAAUAAAUAAAUAAAUAAAUAAAUAAAUAAAUAAAAAAUUAAAAAUAAAUAAAUAAAAAUGACCUAAAAAAACACUAACAAUUGGUAUUAUUUUAUAAUGUUUUCUUUUGUAAAACUUUCCUCACAAAACAAGAAUGACAAAUCUCUACUGCUUAGAAUUUAUUACAGAAUAUGUUGCAUGGUCCAUGUUUAAUUAUUCAUAAGUUGUCCUCUUUUGUAUAGGUGUUAAUGAAACUGAAAGACUAACACUUGUGUAGGUGUUCAACAACAUCUAAUUCUUUUGAUAGCAUUUCAUUUUUUAGAUUUGGAAUAUAUUACAAUAUGGUAUUACUGUGCAAAUGUAGCAAAAUGUUGUCUUAUUCAAUUUUGUUUUGUUACACUUUUUGAAAAAAGUAAAAAUGUAGUGUUGGUAGUGGUUGUGUUUAAGUGAGAAAAGAAUUUAUGCAGUUUUAAAGAUGAUAAUGAUAAAUGAUCCACAUUUUAGCCUACAUAGACUGCUGUUGUGCUCAACGUAUGAAGAGUUUUGGAAAAAAAUCCCUAAGUAUUGAGAAAUGGAUCUCAGCGAUUAAAAAACUGUAAUAACCACCGCUUAGAGGCUAUACCACAGGUCCAAUGCAGAAGUAUAAUGGGCCAUUUAGUUAGAGAUAUACUAAAAAGCACAUUCUGUGCGUUUAGAGCAAAAAAUGGAGGUCUGCUACAGAGCUAAAGGAAAUAACAGGCGAAGUGUUGCCUUAUUUGAGAUUUAUAAACCAUGCGUUUAGUGCGAUAAUCAAACAACACUAGUGUUUAAAAGUUUUUUUUUUUUUUUAUUAAUACUUUUAUUCAGUAAGGACACAUUAAAUUAAUGAUAAGUAAAGACAUACAUUGUUAAAAAAAAAAAAAAAAAAAAAAAAAUCAGUUUCAAAUAAAUGCUGUUCUUUUGUAUCAAGGUUUCCACAAAAAUAGUAAGCAGAGCAGCUUUUUUCAUCAUUAAUAGUGAAAUGUUACUUAAAGGGUUAGUUCACCCAAAAAUAAAAUUUCUAUCAUUACGUACUCAUCCUCAUGUCGCCCCAAACCUGUAAAACUGUUCAUCUUCGUUCAUCACAUGCAUCGUGCUGCUCACGUGUACAGCAUCAGCCAAAACUGAGAUGCCGUUUGGACGUAAACACGGAAGCCUGCACUGCGUUCACUACGUUAACUGCGUAUGACAACAGUUCAAAUUGUUAAAUAAAGUCAUUAUUUUUUGUGCACAAAAAGUAUUCUUGCCACUUCAUAACCACUGAAUCACUGUAGUCUCAGACUUUUUUAACAAUGUCUUUAAUACCUUUCUGGACCUCAAAAGGUGCAAUGACAUUACUGCCUAUGUGUGGUUCAGAUACCCUUGGAUUUCAUCAAAAAUAUUUUAAUUUGUGUUCCGAAGAUGAACGAAGGUCUUACGGGUUUGGGACGACAUGAGGGUGAGUUUUGGGUGAACUAACCCUUUAAGUAUCAAAUCAACAUAUCAGAAUGAUUUCUGAACAAUCAUUUGACUAGAGUAAUGGCUGCUUUGCCUUCACAGAAAUAAAUUCGAUUUUAAAAUAUAUUAAAAUAGAAAACAUUUAUUUUAUAUUAUAAUAUUAUUUUACAAUAAUACUGUUUUUACUGUAUUUUUGAUCAAAUAAAGGGUGAGCAUAAGAGACUUUUGAAUGGUUGUGUGCAGUAUAUGAAAAAAGUAAUGCUACAACCUUAGAUUUUAGUACAUUUGUCCGUUUUAGGCAUUUUUUCCUGUGCUGAACCCUGAGGGUUCCAUGAUAUCAUUCAGUAUACAUACCAGAACUUAAAGUAAAAUAUUUUUCUAAAUAUUUAAGUAUUGUUUAGGAACGGGUAUAUAAGGUGCUUUAUUGGGACAUGAUGGUAAGGUGCAUGCUAUGCUUUAUAAUUUCUGUAACUAAGUCUGCUCUUACUGUUCCACUAUUUUGAAUGUUCUGUGCAUGAAUAAAAAAAAAAAAGCAUUUAAACAUUUACACUGAAGGAAGCUGUAAAUCAUAUCCACUGAGGGAUAUUUAAAUAAUUUAAAUAAGAUAACAUGUUCGCAAUGGCAAAAUGGAUUAAUAUUUAAUGAGAUUUCACAGUGACUAUCUGGGUGUAAAAACAUGUGGACUUCCGUUUACAGUGAGCCAGUUACUUAAUAAGUUACUUUCAAUAGCACUAGCGCAAACUUCAGUGUUGAUACUAUACUUAAUAGUGCUGUUUACCUCAGGUUCACAAAUAGACUUCUUUGUUCAACUUAAGAAAAAUGCAAACUAGACGUCAUUACUGCACAGAAAUCUGAAGAAUGAGGAUAUAGAGCAUUUCCCCUCAAGCCUUGUAUCUAAUCUCACUACCCUAUGCAUUCCACCAGACCAAACUGUCUGUCAUACAUUUGGAAUGUUUUUACUUAAACAAAAUGCUUUACUUUUCAGUUUGAAAACAGACAGUUUAAAACUGAGAUUGAAUAACUAUUGUAUAGUGAAUUAUAGACAAUACACAUUACAAUGUAAAUGUUGUCUUUUAUUGUAUACUGUAUUUCCUUUAAAAUUCUAUGACAUUUGUUUCACCAUUUGUAUACUAUUAUUGUAUACUAUAUUUGUAUUAUAUUAUAGAGUAUAUCUCUUGAUUAUGUAAUCCUUUUUAUUUUUCUUCUCUAUUGAUGUGUAGGCCAGCUUAACUACACCAA